AUGGUUUCGAUAAAGUUUCUUUUAUCUUUAUACGGCUGGCUAUCUGUCACUUUAGCCAUCUCGUUGAAUGCCGUUGUUGAUAGUUUAUUCUCGAACAGUUUCGACGGGAAUAACAACAUCGAGGAUCAUGAAACUGCAAAUUAUAACACUCAGUUUAGUGUCUUCAGCUCAAAUAUUGACGACGCUUAUUCAUUGAGAAUUAAACCUUUGGAUCCCAAAUCUCUUGGCGUUGAUACCGUGAAACAAUGGUCGGGAUAUUUAGAUUACCAGGACUCAAAACACUUCUUUUAUUGGUUUUUUGAGUCUAGAAAUGACCCAGAGAAUGACCCAGUGAUACUAUGGUUAAACGGUGGUCCUGGCUGUUCCUCUUUCGUCGGUCUUUUCUUUGAAUUGGGACCUUCUUCUAUAGGAGCUGAUUUGAAACCCAUUUAUAACCCCUACUCUUGGAAUUCCAACGCUUCUGUGAUAUUCCUAGAUCAGCCUGUUGGUGUUGGGUUCUCAUACGGUGACUCUAAAGUGUCUACUACAGAUGACGCUGCCAAAGACGUUUACAUAUUCUUAGAUUUGUUCUUUGAAAGAUUCCCUCAUUUGAGAAAUAACGAUUUCCAUAUCUCCGGUGAAUCAUACGCCGGUCAUUAUUUACCCAAGAUUGCUCAUGAGAUUGCUGUAGUGCAUGCUGAGGAUUCCUCCUUCAAUCUAUCGUCAGUAUUAAUUGGAAAUGGAUUUACUGACCCACUGACUCAAUACCAAUAUUACGAGCCGAUGGCCUGUGGUGAAGGUGGUUAUCCAGCGGUGUUGGAACCGGAAGAUUGCUUAGAUAUGAAUAGGAAUCUACCUCUAUGCCUAUCGCUUGUGGACCGCUGUUACAAGUCCCAUUCUGUUUUCUCUUGUGUGUUGGCUGACCGUUAUUGUGAACAACAGAUUACUGGGGUUUAUGAGAAAUCAGGUAGGAACCCUUACGAUAUUAGAUCUAAGUGUGAAGCAGAGGAUGAUUCCGGUGCCUGUUAUCAGGAAGAAAUUUAUAUCUCUGAUUACUUGAAUCAGGAGGAAGUUCAAAGAGCUUUAGGGACUGAUGUGAGUUCUUUCCAAGGUUGUAGCUCGGAUGUCGGUAUCGGUUUCGCAUUCACUGGCGAUGGACCGAGCCCAUUCCACCAGUACGUCGCAGAACUUCUUGAUCAAGAUAUCAAUGUCUUGAUAUAUGCAGGCGAUAAGGAUUAUAUUUGUAAUUGGCUAGGAAAUCUCGCUUGGACUGAAAAAUUGGAAUGGAGGUAUAACGAAGAGUAUAAAAAACAAGUUUUGAGAACUUGGAAGAGUGAAGAAACAGAUGAGACCAUUGGCGAAACCAAAUCUUAUGGCCCGCUAACUUACUUGAGAAUCUAUGAUGCUGGACACAUGGUUCCUCACGACCAACCUGAAAAUUCAUUACAAAUGGUGAAUUCAUGGAUUCAGAAUAUCGCAAAGAGAUCUAGAAUAUAA